CCUGGUAUGACUGCUUAUGUUGGUUUCUAUGAACUUUGCUCACCAAAGAAAGGAGAAUAUGUUUUUGUCUCAUCAGCAUUUGGUGCAGUUGGCCAACUAGUUGGGCAAUUGGCCAAAUUGAUGGGUUGUUAUGUUGUUGGAAGUGCUGGAAGCAAAGAAAAGGUUGAUAUACUAAAGAGCAAGUUUGGAUUCGAUGAGGCUUUCAAUUAUAAGGAAGAGCAUGACUUGGAUGCAGCUCUAAAAAGGUGUUUUCCUGAAGGCAUUGACAGGAUUUUUAAAAAAAAAAUAACUAUAAAACCCAAACUAUAUCAUAGAACAAGGCAACGUUUCAAACUUAUUUCAUAUAAAGAAAUUAUUAUAAAGUGUGACAAAAUAUAG